AUGAACCUCGUCACAUUCGAUGCUGUCAUUGACAACACCCUCCAGGCUUGGAUUGUCGCUGAGAAUAUUCUUGUGGACGGUGGGCAGUGCCUAGUCGAGUCCGUCGCAUGCGAAUCUCAUGUGACAGUCGACCUCACGUAUAUCUGGAUCUCCAUCUCCGUCGUGGCCAUGAUCGUAAUGGCGCUGGUGUACGUGGCUCGACGAGUGGAAGGCGCCAACUAUCUCCAUCGGCAGCGAAACGAGUCGACGGCAGACACGGUGAUCGCGUUGGCAACCCCGAAAUCGCCAGACUGGUGA